UAUAAAUAUUCCCGGGAAGGCACGACGGAAAGAUGGCAAGCCAUCGUAAACUUCAAUCUUGAGCAAGAAACCUUUUAAGAACUUCCCAAUACACCAUCUGCUGUGCAGAUAAUUGUCAUCAAGAAAAAGAAAAAGAAAAAGAAAAUAAAAAUAAAAACAACCAUUUUUCAUUAUCAAUUUCAAACUACUAAACUACAUAGACGCCACCAUGGCCCAAGAAAAAGAUGCCAAAAACCGCGAGAUUCUUCGCAUUCAUGGCCUACGCUCUGAAGCAUCCGGCGAUAUCCUCGCCCAAUUAGCGGACUGGGCCGGGGUCUACCCCCCAAGAGAGGUUGCGUAUACGCACCCCUCUGUAACCUUCGAGCCCUUCUAUUUCUUCUUCUACGGCUCGCUCCAGGUUCCCAGCAUCCUCAAGCGUGUCUGUCGUCUAGAUGAAGAGCCGGAGUUGAAGCCUGCUUCGAUUAAGGGUUGGAAAAGCAUGAAGUGGAGUUGCUACCCAGCCCUAGUCCCUAAGGAAGACGGCGUGGUCAAGGGUAUGUGCUGGAAAUGCGAGAAAGGCGUGCAGGUUCACCGUCUCGCCUUGUACGAAUCCGACGCGUACCGGAUGGCGGAAUGCAAGAUCACCACGGACGACGGGGAGGUGAUUGAAAACGGACGUAUUUUCGUCUCGACGCUGGAUGUCGACGAGUUGGAUGAGGGCGAGUUCGAUCUCGAGGCGUUUGUAAACGACCGUUUCUGGUAGAUUAGUACAUGAGAUGGGCGGCUAGAGGAAUCACUUCGCCUCCUUGUACUCAUGUCCCAUCGCGAAAGGAUGGCAUCGCGGGCGACUAGAUCCUUGGCAUUCUAAGUCUAUGUACCAUGGCGCUUUCGUGGGUGCUGGAUAAGAAGAAGAGUGACACAUAGGCUUAGGUGUUGAAUGGGAGUUAAACCUAAACCUCUACUUAUACAUUAAUCAAGCAUCUUAAUAGCAUCUAGAGGUAUUAGAUCAUCGGAUGUAUCAAUGCAACCGCGCAUAAUUCUCUGAAAGUAGACAAUUCCUAGUGAUUCGUAGAGCAGCCUUAAAUGUGAUUAAUUGUGUCAUAAUUAUUAGAGCCUAGCCUCUUUAUCUAAGCUUUAGGUUGGCGGGCUUUCAACAUCGUAGCAAUUAAAAUAGUAUCGUUCGAGAUAUAAAUCAAUGGUUGGGUACUUUAUUCCGUCGCUCUGGGAUUUCCUUUAGUUGAAUUGA